AAUUCCAAAGGCGUGUGAGCUGUCACUGCGGGACGUGAAGAAAAAUUUUAUAUCAAUAAAUUCGAUUGUCGUUUUUGUUGGUGGAACCCUCCGUGACGAUUUCGUGCGAGUUUGGGUGUUCCUCUGCAAAUUCUCUACCAUUCUCUCGUGCUGAAUAAGUUUCCCCUCUCUGCCCUGUACAGCGACGUGUAGACGUGUGUUUGUGCAAAUCAUCAUUCGGGUGGAAGUGUUUACCGUACGAUUAGCAGGAGCUCUAGUCCCCAGGAAAAAUAGUGCACCUCGGCUGGAAUCCUGCACUUUUCCGUUCGCUGUUGCUGUUAUCAACUUGUCCUGGUGAUUACGAAGUGAGCAGCAAGCAUGUCGAGCAAAAUCGAAGAAGCUCAGGAGCACAUCCGACAAGCUGAGAAAUGCUUGAAAACAUCGCUCCUGAAAUGGAGACCCGAUUUCGACAAUGCGGCCGAGGAGUACAACAAAGCAGCCACCUGCUUCCGGAACGCAAAGUCGCUGGACCAGUGCCGCGACUGUCUGAUGAAAUCCGCCGACUGUCACCGCCAGAACCGUGCCCUGUUCCACGCGGCCAAGUGUCUCGAUCAGGCGAUACUGAUCUGCAAGGAAAUGAACAAUCUCGGCGACAUACGCAAGCUGGCGGAGCGGGCGUGCAAUCUCUACCAGCAGCACGGUUCGCCCGAAUCGGGCGCCACCGUGCUGGACAAGGCGGCAAAGAUACUGGAGCAGACGCACCCGGAAGACGCGCUGCAGCUGUACAAGCAGGCCGUCGACGUGGUUACGAUCGAAGACUCAACGCGCCAGGGCGCCGAAUACGCUAGCAAGGUGGCUCGCAUCAUGGUGAAGCUCGGCAUGUACGAUCAGGCGGCGGACGCUAUACGGCGCGAAAUCGGGCUGCACCAGCAGGUCGGUUCGGAGGGUGCCAUCGGCCGGCUAGCAGUGGCACUGGUGCUGGUGCAGCUCGCCCGUGGCGAUUAUGUGGCGGCGGAGAAAGCGUUCAAGGAGUGGGGCAACUGUUGCGAUGCAGCCGAAGUGCAAACGCUGGAAUCGUUGCUACAGGCGUACGAUGAUGAGGAUCCGGAACUAGCCCAGCGAGCCCUGUCGUCACCGUUCAUCCGGCACAUGGAUGUGGAGUAUGCGCGGCUGGCGCGGGAUUUACCCCUCCCCAAGGGCGUCUCGAUUGCACCGAAAGCGAACGUCAUCGAGAAUGCGGCCGCUUCGUACGUUUCCCCCAACAGUGGUGCCGCGGGUGAUGCGGCGGCAAAACCGGCAGCUGGACCUGCUGGUGGCGACGAUGAGGACGAGGGUGGCUUGUGUUAGUGUGUGGUUGCCCCCUGCCACCAACCGUUACCACCUGUCCAUCCAUAGGUGUGCCCCGUAUAAGCGUUAAAAGUUGUGUGAUACUAUUUGCUUUUAUUAAUAUUACCCAUUAUGAGUAUCAGCGUUGCCGGUAGAGGACAAGGAUUAUCGAUGCGAACGAACGGCGCCACGGCCCCAAUGUUAGGCGCACCAAUGCGUCGUUGCUUUUCAACAAGGUAUUCUAAAAUUGUGAGCACAUUUCCACACGCAAUGUUUUCAACCGCCCCAUAACGGUUACGGUUCGAGAUACAUUGACAAACAUUUACUUUUCUCCGUGUUCCAUCUACUGUCUGUGUGGAAACAAAUCAGCUAUGCAUCUAAUAAUUAUGCACAACCGUGUGUUUAGCAGAAAGAUUUAUGUUUUUUUUUGUAUUGUUGCAAUUAAGUUGUACAAUUAAAUAUUGUACAGUAACAAAAAAGAUUAAACGUUCAUGCAAAUGGCGACUGAUUCUGGACAUUCUUGCACCUUGUGUGUACCGUUGUGUGCUGUAAUUCUGUUCUGCUUUUGGCCAUAAAUUCUUUUCUGGCUGUAUAGGACUGGCCAAUACUGGUAACGAAACCCAUUAAAAUGCUGCGAACAUAAACUUCCGACUAUCUCUCUCGCUCUCUCCACCCUUCGCUAGCUAUCUGUGUAAGAAAACGCUUCAAGAUCCCUUGUUCUCGUUUUUUUUCUGAAGAAAAUAGCCCUUGUGUCAGGACACAAGCUGGCAUCAAGCUAAACACAAUGUUAUAGUAACGAGGUUUAGCGAAUCGCUGCUACAGCACUGUAAAAGUAAAUGAAAUCAAUUGUUCAAAAUUAUACCACUGCAUACGAAGAACCCGCGGCGAUAAAUACAUUCCGAACAGCAUAGAAUCGACAAGAGCUAGUGAAUUCUAGUAUAAACACUAAAAAAACAGCAUAUAAAGAGUAUAGAAACCCCGGCAGAAAAUUAAAUUUACAAGCUGUAGUAUGAUGCCGUCAUGUCGCAACGUAUUUCUAAACAUCUCCAGCCUAUUAUCCAAUAACUCAAAGCAAAGCAAAACGCAAACACAUAAACAAAAGCAAAAAACACAUUAAGCAUACAGAGAAAGUUGUUGAAAUGCUAGAGAUUAAAGCGUGUCCCCUCCAGGUCUAGUGUACUUUAUCAGUGAAUAGUGAAGUUAUCAAUUAUAUACUAAAAACAUAGAUAGAGCGAGCAAGAUGAAUGUACGAUAAGUGCAAACGAAACAAAACAAAAUCAGUAGAUGCUAAUGCGCCACCGUGAAUGUGUGUAUAACGUUAUCAAACUGAUCUGAAGCUGAUGAGUGCAAACUGUUGGAAGGAACGGGGGAAAUGGAAAACAACCAAAUGUAAACCCUCCCCAGCACACUGACACCGAAGCCGACGCGACGACGAGUAUGGUUGUGGAAGGUGAUCGACAGGACGUCGUUGCUCCUCGGAACCCCUCCCCAGGGGGGGCUUAUAUGUAUUGUAGUAGGGUGGGAAGGAAUUUAAAUAGAAACACUGGGCUAGUGAAAAACACACGGUUUAAAAAAGGGGGGUGACAGGGAAAAGGAGGGAACUUUCGUAUAACAAUUGCCGUACAGAAACAGACGAACAGAAAGAAUGCGCCUACACGAUGGAUAACGGAUAAAGAGAGGAAUUAAUUUCGGACAAUUGUAUUAUUUAGUUUGAAAAGAGAUGCAAAGCUUCGUUUUUUCUUUGAUGAAAGGUUCUAGAGCAGCGUUCAAAAUGUAAAGCAAAGUUGUUUAUUGAUUAAUUUGUUAAAAUAUUAUGUUUAUUUUAUAAAAGAUUUACAUUACAAUUUUAAAAUUGUCUAUUGUUUUAGAUUCGCUUUUUUGCGAGCUGUUAAUAUGUGUUGUAAAAAGGAUGAAGUUCAUUCACUUUAUGCUCUAUAUUUUUUGAAAACUAAGUUAGUAAAGCAUGCUAGUAAGAGGUGGCCAAUAAAUCCCACCACAGACACAACGGCCCACAACGAUAAUCAGAGAUUCGGAGAGGAAAGAAUAAGAAAAGAAUCAGAUGUUAAACUUAUAGCACAUACCUAAAGAUGUUUUUCUCGUUAUGUAUUAUGUAGCGAUGCGCUUGCUUUCGAUGCGUUGUAAAAAGGAAACGUUGAAAGAAAUGCUAAUAUCAACUAACAAAAACCGGUCGUUUGUUCCCGUUUAGUGGCGAAGAAACGAUCAAAAAGCAAGCAAAGAUCAAGAUCAAUUGAAACUAUCAGCAUUUGACGCAGCAUAGUCACUACUAUUACUACUACUACUACUCACUAUUACUACUACUACUACUAUUACUAAUACUACUAAUAUUCCAACCACUAGCACGGUGUGUGGCUUCCGUUUCAACGUUCAUACUAAUCAGAGACAAAUUUUAUCCCCAAAGCAUUGAAAAAAGAAAAAAAAACAUUAAACCCAAAAAAAAACAAAAGAAAACAGCUGAUCUAGAUAAGAAAAAGCACCCGUGUGUAUGUGUGUGUAUGGAAAACAAAGAGUGUGAAACCAUCCCCCUUCCCCUCCCCCAUCUAUCAUUAUUAGCAGAAACCCUACCCCUACGAGCAAGAAGUGUGUAAAGUGAUGAGUGUGUGUGGAUUGUGUGUGUAGUAAAGCUGUUUGCUAUAAAAUCGCGCCGCUCUCUGUGGCGAUGAUGCAAAAAAAAAACGCUAUUCGAUUGCAAAUCGCUGCGACAGCCAGAUCGGGUGGUGUAGAUGAUGAUUUGGAAUGGCAAACUCCCCACGUUUAAUCAUACCUUUUUUUUAGUGUGUAAGAAAAGAUAGAACAAAAAAUCCGCUCCUGGGUCAGAAUCGAAUGAAAUAAAAGCAAACCAUUAUGCGCGUAA